UUUUUUUUAAAGGUUUCACUUCCCUAUAAAACUAAUUUAGCGCUCAAGUCCUUACUCUCAGAAUGAGGAUGUUUAUAAGUUAUGUCUUCGAAGAAAAUUUUGUAGUAUAUGAUUCUGAAAAUGACUUCCAUCCCCUCAAAUAUUAUGAAUUUAGGCGUAAGUGGGUCGUUUUUAGACAAUUUGAUUAAACGACACAGAUCAGAGUUUCAAAUAUUUGCUCACUUCCUCCCACACAAAGCCACAGAAAGGCUCAGCUGUCUCGUCCAUUGUAUGGGUCACGUGUCACUAAGUUUCACUUCUUAGAGCUGCAGUCAGGAAGCAACACAACAGAGAGACGAGUGGCCCCAUGUAGAGCAGACCGGCUUGAUCAUUUCACCAGGACUUUCAGGUAUUUCAGUGUUAACCCAACAGGAUGCUUCAGCUGGUGAUAGUUGCGUUGAUGCUCCUACCUUACACGUGUGGACAGAAUCCUGCCAUCCAAGUCCUCCUCACCAACAAAGGUCUUCAGUACGGAAAACACGUGGGGGCCGGAUGGAUACAAGACAUGCUGGAGCAUGUGACCCUGCCCGACAUCCAGGGCAACUUCAAUACUCUGAUUGGCACCAUCCAAUAUACACUGAGCGGCCUCAAAAUAACAAAGUGUGACUUUCCAGAGCCAAAUGUCGAGUUCUCUGAGACUUUCUCAGGGUUCAAGACAACCAUCACAGGUCUCAAUGCAGCUCUCACUGGUGGUUGGGCAAUUAAGUAUCACAUCAUACAUGACGGUGGAUCCUUUGACAUGGCUAUAUUAGGUGUGGAUGUGACCUCUGUGGUGUCGCUGGGGAGAAAUGCUGACGGGCACCUGUCCGUCAACAGCGUCAGCUGUGAUGGCGAGGUUCAAGAUGUGAAUAUACAGUUAUAUGGAGGAUCCAGUUGGAUAAUCAACCCCUUUAUGAAUUAUAUAAAGGGUCAUAUCAUUGACGAAAUAAAAAGUAAUAUCUGCCCUGCUGUGCAGAAAUCUGUUGAGGAGUUGGAGAGCCGCCUACAGGCCAUGAAUGUUUCCUACGCUGUCAACCAGGUCCUGUCUCUUGAACUUCCCCUCACGCGCUUGCCUGUUUUCAGCCCGUCAAAUUUGAACUUGGGUUUAAAGGGGGAGUUCUACAGUAUCCAGACUCACGCAGAGCCUCCAUUUCAGUCCAAACCCUUCACAAUGCCUGACCUCCCCGGUUACAUGCUGUCAGCUGGUGUGUCGGAAUUCUCUCUGAACUCUGCUGCUUAUGGAUACUUUUCGGCCAAAAAACUUCAGAUUCUCAUCACUGACAGCAUGAUUCCUAAACUUUUCCCCUUCCAUCUGAAUACCAGCUCAAUGGGACCCUACGUUCCCCAGCUUCCCAAACUGCUUCCAGGCCUGCUGAUGAACCUGAAUGUUUACGCUACAGAAGCUCCCAUGUUUUCAGUUCAAUCUGGGUUUGUUAAUCUGACUGUUCAAGCUGCAGUGAAGGCCGCUGCUAUUGAAUCCAAUGGUUCCAACGUCCCACUGUUCACACUCAAAGCUGUUGUAAUGUUAGGUGGUAAAAUGUGGAUUGCUGAUGGAAGAAUGAAGGGUUCUGUGAUGCUGAACAACUUCACACUGACUCUGGCAUCAACCGAAGUAGGACCUUUCAAGACUGACAAUUUGGAAAAAAUGUGUAAAAAUGGGAUAGAGCUGUUUGGUUUACCCCAAGUGAAUAAAAAACUGGCGGAGGGUAUGAUGCUACCUAGAAUGAAACACGUCACGCCUGUAAAUUCCGUCCUGACAGUGGAGGAGGGAUUCAUCACUAUUUCUUCAGACGCUCAAGUCCUGGACGUACUGUGAAGCCUCAUCUGUUGUUGCUAAGCACUAAGGUUUAAAAUCAAAGAGCAUCCUUGGCCUGAAAGAUGGAUUGAUGCCGUCUUAUGAAAUAGAAUUAUUUUGAUUUGUAACUAUAACUUUCAUGUCUGAUCAGCAGUAGAAAUAUGAUUUUCUUAGCCUAAUUUUUGAUUCCACACACAUGAAUACAAAAUAACAAACUGAUACUUUUCAACCGUGAACAUAAUCACUGUAAUUCCACUGUAAUUAUGCUAAAGAGUUUGUAUUAACAAUUAAAAAAAUACUAGAAAUCGAAGAACAUAAAGGCUUUAGUUCUGGUGUUAAAGGGUUAAAUCCCCAUUUUUUUCCACCAAUGAAAUAAAAACAAAUUUAAGUUC